AUGCUGCUCCUUCCCCUUCUCAGCGUAUUACGGAGUACAGAGCACACGUGUAUGGAGCGUGCCUUCCCUCGCUGUACACAGACACGUUGCACAACAGGAAAGAAGGAGAAAAACAAAACAGAGAGGGAAAAAUCCUGGGACGCCCACAAAAACGGCGAUCCCUCUCUCCUUGUCGAGAAAACAAGAGGCAACGAAGCAAACAUCCUGGACAUAAGCAAAUGGCCAGAGAUGAUGAAGAAGGACGACAAGAACGAAACAGAUUAA